AUGUCCACCACAACCACAAUGACCGUCCAACCAGCCCUCAAGGUCGACGGCACAGACCCGACCUUUGGUGACUGGCGGGAUGACCUGGUCCGCGACGGCUACGCAGUGAUCAAGGGGGCGGUGCCGCGGGAGAACGCACUCAAGUACGCAGACAAGAUGCUUGGGCUGGUCGAGUCCUUUGGUCUGGGCUACGACCGCAAAGACCCCUCGACGGUGCACCCGGACAAGCUCCCGGUGAUCAACGAGAAGGGCAUGCUGCUCAACUACGCAGCGCCGCACGAGGACUUUGUGUGGGCGAUCCGGUCGGAGCGGGGCGUGGUCGAGGCGUUUGAGCAGGUCUACGGGACCGAGGACCUGCUGGUCAGCUUCGACGCCAUCAACUACGGCUUCGCGAACCGCGACAACCUCCCGGCCAACAAGCCCUGGCCGCACCAGGACCAGGACCCGGAGAAGCCCGGCUUCAGGUGCCUGCAGGGCCUGGUGAACCUGCACCCCAACGGGCCGGACGACGGCGGCCUGAUUGUGUGCAGGGGCGGCCACCUGAUGAGCGAGGCGUUCCACGAGGCCAUGAAGGACGAGGAGCGCAUCCCGGCCUGGACGAGGGAGUGGUACGGCUUCACGGAGGCCGGGAUGAAGUGGCUGGCCGACAACGGCGGCGAGUGGAUCAAGCCGACGGCGGAGCCCGGCGACCUGCUGGUCUGGGACAGCCGCACGCCGCACUUCAACGUGCCGCCGAGCCGGCAGAGCGUCGACCGCCUGGCCGUCUACACCUGCUUCAUGCCCGUCUCGCACGCCACGCAGGAGGACCUGGUCCGCAAGAAGGACGCGUUCGAGAGGAGGGUGGGCACCACGCACUGGCCCAACGCGAGGCACGUCGGCUCCAACGAGGCCAAGAGGAACGGGCAGCCCGACGCGGUCCAAAGGGAUAGGCCGCUGAACGAGCCGGUGCUCAGCGAGCGGGCGUUUAAGCUGACGGGCAUUCCGUACAUCAAGGCGUAG